AUGAGAGCAAUAAUCUACAUUGUUUUAAUUGUUAAGAUAACAGUAGCCGCAAGUGAUGCAACCUGUGGCGUCGUACCUAUAACACAAUGGAGCGGUAGUCCCCUUAAACGAGAGGAGAUACUUCCAGGUCCUGUAAAUAUUGUCAUUAUACAGCAUACGGCAACUCCUGAGUGUGCAGACGAUGAGAAAUGUGAAAGAAUAGCAUCAGCCAUACGAGAUGACCACCGUUUACGUGGAUUUACUGAUAUCGGCAAUUCAUUUCUUAUCGGCGGUACUGGAAAGGUUUAUGAGGGAGCAGGAUGGAAAUAUGUGGGUGCACACACACACGUGGGUACAAUCGGAGGGCCAUUGGAAUUACUUUUGUUGGCGAUUUUAGAAAUUGUUUGCCAUCACCGUUGGCUAUAA